UUCAUUACGUCAUCAUUUCCUGACUAUGCAGGAGCGUUUCUAUUUUAGUAAGUUGAAGCUGUACAGACAGAAGCAAGUCUAAACCUUCUGCAGAUCUGAGGGUACAAAACAAGCAUCACUGAAGUAACUUUAUAGUGCAUAAAGGGAUCAUGUUUUAAGAGGAGAAAAAAAAAUGAAUAAAUACAAUCAAAGUCAAAACAUUAUGCCAGGAAACUUGCACCCAGAAGAGUACAGGAUUGCAUCACUUGUCUUUUAUAGUUUUAUAUUCAUAAUUGGAUUGCUAGUGAACAUAACUGCACUAUGGGUCUUCAGCUGCACCACCAAGAAAAGAACAACUAUAACAGUCUAUAUGAUGAAUGUCGCAUUACUUGACUUAAUUUUUAUAUUUUCCGUACCUUUUCGGAUAACCUACUAUGCAAAAGAAGCUUGGCCAUUUGGAGAUAUAUUCUGUCGGAUUCUUGGUGCUUUCACUGUGUUUUAUCCAAGCAUUGCCCUGUGGCUGCUUGCUGUUAUAAGUGUUGAUAGAUAUAUGGCCAUAGUCCAGCCCAAACACGUCAAAGAACUUAGGAAUACAAAGAAAGCUCUGCUAGCUUGCAUUGGUAUCUGGAUAAUGACCCUUGCAUCAACAUCCCCUUUGCUAUUUUUAUAUUCGGAUCCAGAUAAAGCGUCAAAUUUUACUACCUGCAUGAAGAUGCUGGAUAUCAUCCAUCUAAAGGAAGUCAAUAUGUUAAAUUUUUCUCGUUUGAUUUUUUUUUUCUUGAUUCCCCUGUUUAUCAUGAUUGGAUGCUAUCUAGUCAUUAUUUACCAUUUUGUCCAUGGCAGGACUUCCAAACUGAAACCCAAAGCUAAGGAAAGAUCCAUAAAAAUUAUAGUUACUCUGAUUGUGCAAGUGCUUGUCUGCUUUGUGCCCUUCCACAUUUGUUUUGCCUUCCUGAUGCUGCAGGAUGAAGACCAGAGUUACAAUCCAUGGGCAGCCUUUACCACCUUUCUCAUGAAUCUCAGUACAUGCUUAGAUGUUAUUCUGUACUAUAUUGUUUCUAAACAAUUUCAGGCUAGAGUCAUCAGUGUCAUGCUUUAUCGCAACUAUCUUAGAAGCGUGCGCAGGAAGAGUUUUCGAUCUGGGAGUUUAAGGUCACUAAGUAAUAUAAACAGUGAAAUGAUAUAAACAAAAUUAGAAGAUACUUAUAAUGGAGCCAAGUGACUUUCACUGAAGUUUGACAUUUCAACUUGGUUGUAUUCAAGAAUACUCUGGAGUUGGCAAUAUUAGGACACAUUAGAUCUGUGGUAGCAUAAUUGUGGGACAAGUGGAAUACCAAAAAGACUUAAAAUAUUAAUGGUUCAUCAAUGUGUUUUACAUUUUUCACAGUAAAUCCAGGAGAACUAAGAUAUGCAUGAUCUACCAUCUGGGUGAAGCAGGCAAAUAAAUAUAUUGUCCAUGAUGUACUGUCUCUCAAGCAAAUGUAAAUAUUUCUAGGUGUAAAAACAGUCAAUGUCCAUGCUAGUGUAUAUACAAUUUAAAUAAAGCACAUACAGAAUUUCAGUGUGACCACUAGUUAACAUAUCUGCUUAUAUAUGAUGUAUUAAGAUUUUAUAUUUCCAUGCCAGAUAGUAUAUGAAAUCAAAGUAUCUAUUAUAUUCAUAAGUUCAGCUUUUUCCAGAAUAAAAACAUGAACUGAAGAGAAAGUUUAACUGAUAUUUACAUUUGGUUUACAUAAAAUCUCUUAUGUAGCAGUAUUUUGACACCCUAAAAUUAAUGAAAUUCUGUAAUCAUAAAUAAAAAGUACACUGAAUAGUAGAAGAGAUAAAUUUUCAAAUUGUUAAUUAUUUCCUGUAAGUGUAAUAUACAACAUUACUCAUAUCUGGAAUACCCCAAAGCGUAAACAGAUAGUAUAUCCUUUGUUCCUGAAUAACGGAUUUAGUUUAUACAAACAGUAUGUCCCACCUCUAAUCUUUCCAAAUACUGACAUACUACAAGACUCUUAUAAUAGCUAACCUUAGAAAGUCUAACAAAAACACAUUAUUUAAGAAGGCUAACUACAGUAUAACUUUCCACAUGCUUAUGAGAAUGUUUAAUGUCUUUUCCAUCAGAUAUAUUAAGGAUCAGAAACCGAAAGCCCUUACAUUUGACAUUAGAAAACAAUGACUAUAAAAUCUUUUCUUAAUACCAAAGAUCAUGCAGUAUAUGGAAACCCCUGACUAUGUGAGGUUGACCACACUAAAGCAUAAACCUAAAUGCAAAUACUCAGUUAGCCAUCUAGUUUUCUGUGUUCUUUCUAUUAUGCAAAUCUCAAAAGCAGCUUAUUUGAAACUGAGCUCCUGAAGAAUCUUAACCUUUAAAUACUUCACUCUUCAAAUAUGAAAUGCAAUACAUAUAGACAUACUGUCCUAUAAGAGUUUUGAAAUGUGAACUAAUGGAGUACCUUCCAGUAUGAAAUGCAUAGUUUUGCAUAUUUUAAAAAGUGAGUUACAGUAACAUUAGUUUUGUGCUUUCAGCAGCAUAGUUAGCACUUAAAAGAAUGUGAAAUCAAAACAAAUAUUCAGGAACACUGUACUGGGUAAAGCUUAAAAGAUGCCAGCACUGCAAGGUAACUCCUUUCAAGUUACUCCAAGACAGAGAAAAAAACAAUGUUGUGAAAUUGGAAGUUAUCAUAAAGUGGAAGUGUAAUACUAAAAAUAUUUCAACUCUACUACAGGUCAUAUUUGGAAAAUAGUGUUAUACAAAUGAAUAUUCAUACCAAGAACAUUUACACUUUUAUGUAAAAAAGGAUAUACUGCAUUUGAAGGGUUACAUUAGUAGGUCAUUUUACUCAAAUCUGUGCUAAGUAAUCCCCUGAAAUCGUAUCUAAGACAAAGCCAAGCUCAUUAAGA